ACUUAAUUGGCGCCAAGAAACGGCUCCCUAGCCAUGUUCCAUCACGUUCCUGCGCACGCGCUUCUCCUGAGGUUUCCCGUAGAAAUUCCCGUAGCAACCGGAGGCUCGACCGAUCACAACAAAUACAUAUUCUCACCGCGGGCAGUAAACAUGGUAACCCGAAGUUUGUUUUUCCCGAACCAACAAUCAGGAGAUCUCCCAUCGCGGUGAAGAGAAAGUUUGCCCUUAUCAAUCGGCCCGCAAUCUUCAAGAAACCGUUCAGCUUGUCCUCGAAUCGGUUCAGGGUAGUAGGUGCGAAAGAUGAGUUCGAACAACAAACACCUUGGAAAGUGUACCUCGGUCACCAACUCGCUACUUCCGGAGUCUAGCUCCAGUACCGGAAGCAGCAGCAGCAGUAGCAGCAACUGGGACAGGACAGAUUACAGUUCCUUUCAGUCGGAGAAACUUACGAGCCGGGAUGAAGACGCUUUGAGUUCGAUAUCGGGAUCAUCCCUGUCGUCGUCACCGCGUCACGAGUCACGACAUGGCGCCAAUGGAUUUCAGGUGGAAAUUUUGAGCUCCGAACCGGAAGACUUUGAUGAAAGUGGACACCUGUUUCACAUGGAUAUCAUGAAGAAUAGUUUGAGCGAUAUAUCCUUGUCGUCAUCGCGUAGAAUCGCCGCCGUUAAACCGAAGAAAGCGCAAAAUUUGUCGUUUUCUCGGGAUCGUGUCCGGGAGAUAGAAAGGCACAAUCAACUUUUACUGCAGAGAAUAAUGACCACAAAGCCAACGCUUAGCACUAAGGCCAAGACUAGUGUCACAACGUUCAGUACGGUAAGAGCGCCCUCAAACAAUAACUCAAGGACCACAAGUGCAGCAGUCAAUCGCAAGAAAAAGCAACGUCAAAUUGACAUCGAUAAUCAGCUUCUUCGUAAGAAAUUGGAGAAAAUAGAGCGAACGCGUCGUACUGCUUGGUAAAGCAGCUCUACUCUCGAACGCAGUCGUUCUCAAACUCAAACCCCAGGACUUGUUUGAAAUAGAGUUUAUAUUUAUGAUGAGGUUUUAAAGACUAAUAACAGGAUAUGCGUGUCAUAUUCGAAACGAUGCAAAAAUUGUGAACAAUCAAAAUUUUCUGAAAAUAAACAAGUGAGAGUUUUAGAUUUA